UCCCUCCGAGAGCAGCACCAUGUGAGCAGGACCCGCGCCACCGCCGGCACGUCCAGGAUGUAAAGAGCCGUCGCUGCCCGGCCGCCCUCACUUCUGUCGCCGCCGGAGACCCGCCGGCGUCCGGCGCUGCCCCGGGCCAGCAUGACCGAGGUGAAAGCCAAGGAGCCCAGGGCGCCUCCGCCUACCACAGACGGGGCGGUCCUGCUGCAGGGUCAGCCCGGCCGGGAUCCCUUCCGCGAGGAAACGGAGUCCAUCGACAUCGCCCUGGACGGGCUGCUUUACCCCAAGAGCAGCGACGAGGAGGAGGACGAAGAGGAGGAGGAGGAAGGGGAGGAGGAGGAGGAGGAGGAAGAGCCGCAGCAGCAACAUCUGGGGCAGGAGGACGGCCGGGACUCCCUCUCCUACCAGCCAGGGAGCGGCUCCCUCUCGGUCAAGGACUCCCUGGACACCGUCCUGGACACCUUCCUGACGCCCGCGGCUCAUGCCAGCUCCACCGUGGCCGCGGCGCCCUGGUCCUUCUUCGAGGCGGAGGAGGCGCCCGACGGCGCGAUGAGCAGCGGCCCCUCGCAGAAGGCGGCCGAGGCGGCCCCGGAGGCGCCGGGCCCCUCGCAGCCCCCGCCGCGGCCCGCCGCGCUCUGGCCGCCCGGCGACGCCCUGGUGCCCGCCGCGAAGGCGCGGCCGGCGGGGCCGGGGGCCGGCGCGGAGGGUCCCGGCGCGGCGCCCAAGGGCGACGCCCCCGGUGCCGGGGCGCUGCCCGGCGGGUCCCGGGCGGGGGACCCGGGGCAGGAAUACCUGCACGUGCCGCUGCUGCCGCUCAACUCGGCCUUCCUGGCGUCCCGCACGCGGCAGCUGCUGGACGGCGCGGAGUACGAGGGCGGCGCGGUGCCGCGCUGCUCGCCCCCCGCCCCGUACCUGCCGCCCUACGGCUUCCCGCCGCCCGACGCCAAGGACGGGCCCUUCGCCUACGGCGACGUCCAGCCCGUGAUGAAGAUCAAGGAGGAGGGUCUCGGCCUCGCCGCCCGCUACCCGGGCGGCAGGGCCAGCCCUGCGGCGGGCUGCCACGACUACCCGCAGGCUCCGCGGGCCGGCCAGGAGCCCUCGCUGGAGUGCGUCCUCUACAAGGCGGAGCCCGGCCUGCUGGCCAGCGCCUACGGGCCGGCGGCGCCGCCCGACAGCCUGCCCUCCACCUCGGCCGCGCCGCCGGGGCUCUACCCGGCCCUGGGGCUGAACGGGCACCAGCCGCUGGCCUUCCCGGCCGCCGUGCUCAAGGAGGGCCUGCCCCAGCUCUGCCCGCCCUACCUCGGCUACGCGCGGCCAGAUACGGAAACCAGCCAAAGUUCUCAGUUCAGUUUCGAAUCACUACCCCAGAAGAUUUGUCUCAUCUGUGGUGAUGAGGCUUCAGGUUGCCACUAUGGAGUGCUUACCUGUGGAAGUUGUAAAGUCUUCUUUAAAAGGGCAAUGGAAGGGCAGCACAACUAUUUAUGUGCUGGAAGAAAUGACUGCAUAGUCGAUAAAAUCCGUAGGAAGAACUGCCCAGCAUGUCGCUUGAGGAAGUGCUGUCAAGCUGGUAUGGUCCUGGGAGGUCGCAAAUUGAAAAAGUUUAACAAAAUUAAGGUUGUGAGAACGUUAGAUGUUGCACUCCAGCAGCCAGCAGCCCUUCAGGAUGAAAGCCAGUCUCUAACCCAAAGGCUGUCCUUUUCUCCAAAUCAAGAAAUACAGUUUGUUCCCCCAAUGAUAAGUGUUUUACGAGGCAUUGAGCCAGAAGUUGUCUAUGCUGGUUAUGACAAUACAAAACCUGAAACACCAAGUUCCUUGCUGACCAGUCUGAAUCAUCUUUGUGAGAGGCAACUUCUUUGUGUUGUCAAGUGGUCCAAGUUACUACCAGGUUUUCGGAAUUUGCAUAUCGAUGAUCAGAUAACCCUUAUCCAGUAUUCCUGGAUGAGUCUAAUGGUUUUUGCGAUGGGGUGGAGAUCAUACAAACAUGUCAGUGGUCAGAUGUUGUAUUUUGCACCAGAUCUGAUUCUAAAUGAAACUGCUAUGAAGCAAGCUGGAAGAAAAACAGUUGUUUUGUAAGACAUAUGGUUUCAGGAUUAAGUGGUGGAUUUGCAGAAGAUCUAGACACCUGAUUUUAAAAUCUAUAGGUGUGCAAAAUCCUCCCAGUGAAGUUCUUUAAAGAAGAUAUUCAGCAGAGCUGACCCUAUAGCUCCUGACCUUUUCUCUUCCAGAUGACCUUUUCUCUUCCAGUAAAUCACUGUAAGGCUGUUGAGUAAUUAAUUCUUUCCCAUUUUUAUUAAUUGUGCUGUAAAAAUUGGAAUACUUAGAAGUGAUGAGAUUGAAAGAAUUUCUGACUAUUUUGUUGUCCUAGCAUAGUCUGAUAGAUCUUAUGGUUACAUUCAGAAGAAACACAGAGUGAGAUGGCCUUAUGCAAGUAAUGUCAUGUCAUAAUAUCAUCCUGCUUGUGGACCACUGCUGGCACCUUGUGAACAAGACUUUAAGUGCUUUCUUUGGGAAUGGUGUUGAGAUUUUUGAACCCUGAUUAUAGUCCACCAGGGACAGUUACGUAUUGUCAGCUCAAGAUCAUCUAUGCUGGGUGCUGACAACAUAUUCCUCUCUUGGUUAUAGAACAUCUCAUCAGGGUCAUACCAGAGAUGUUAUAAACAAAGAGAUAUAAAAAGUAAUUGAUGCACUGAAUCAUAGCUGCAACUAUUUAUUGGAAAUCAGUUAGCUUUUAGAUCAGUAAAAUGUAAACAACUUUGUUAUCUACAAUGAUAUCUAAGCUUGUACUUUCAUGUUCUCUUUAAGCAAGUGUUGCUGCUGAACACUGCCAAAGAAGUUAACUGGCCUCGUCACGUGUCCCCAUGACUUUAGAUAAGCUGGACUAAACACUCUCUGGCUGCACUAUGAAACAGAUGAGUUUAUAUGCCUGAGAGGUACCUCAGAAAAAGCCAUUCAUUAGCGGGUAGAGGGAUCUCUGACAUGACUCACCUCGUAGGAGUGCAGGCACUAAUGCCAAAAUCACAGGAGUGUGUGCCUAGAGGUAGAAAGAGAUAAUGGAAAUUCCUUCCAUGAUUCUUUCCAUGUAUGAUGCAGGAGCAUCAUACACCGUAGUUGUUUCAUAAUUACCAUGAAACCACAAUCCAAAGCUUAUGUCACAUCCAGUCUAUCAUUUAGUGAAUUGAGUUUUUAUGCUUGUCAUGAAGGACAUGUUUGGUUGCAUCCAUUUCAGAUCAAGAAAGCCAGCAGUGCUAAUUUGAUGAAGAUUUCUUAGUAUUGACAUCCUACAGGUACUUACUGUUGCUUGUACUUAGCAGUGUCUGAAAAUUUGAGUAAGAACCCUGGAAGCUGCUAUUGCACUCUGUAGAUGAUAAUUAGGAAGAGAUGCUACCAAAAAAUAAUAGAAAACGAGAUUCAUGGUAGAUGUAGAAACAUGUCCAUUAAGGUCUAAAAGAUAAGAUUUCUAUGUUUAUGUCAUUUAAGAGCUGGUACGAGAUACCAGAUGUUGAACAACAUCGAAAUAAUUUUCAUUGAAGAUAACAGCAAUACUUUAACAAGAAAAAAAUUCAAUGCAUUGAAAAAGUCUUCUCUAAAUGGAAAAUAUCUUCUGCUUUGAUUGCUGAGGUUACUAUCUGCAGUCAGGUUGGAAUGCUGAUCUGAACCCCCUAGCUGGCGGGGGAGCAAAAUUUAAUCUUCCUGUUAUUGUACCUAAUUCAUCUGGAUUGAGAUCCAACUAUUUAAAAUCAGUCCAAGUUACUGGAUCAUCAGGUUAAUGUGUAGUGAAUUCAUACUAGAUUAGAAACUUUGUAAUGCUACCACUGCAGUCAUUUCAGUUGAAAAUUAUUCUCCUAAUAUGUAUAUGCAAUAAUACAUACUCAAUAUAUCAAAAUCACAAAGAGAAAAGUGGUAUGGAAGUGCUGCAAAAACCCCAGAGUUUUAUGUAUUUCCUGUGUGAUUUGUUCUGGUUACUUCUGUGCGAGUUUAGGAAAGGUAUUAAUGUCUCUGUUUACUUAGCAUGUAAGAUUUUUAACUGUUUCUUUAAUGGCAUAACAUGCUACAAAAUAAUAUCAUUGCUGUUAGAAGUACCAGGCUAGAGUUGCUACGAAGUAUUUUGAUACAGAGAUUUUUACAAAAGCUAAGAACAAGUUUUCUAUAGACUUUCAGAUUUAACUUCAGUUCUAUGCUUUGAAAUCUUUACGGAGAUACAAGAAUCUAUGGACUUCUAAAAUAAGAUAGUACUCCACAUUAAUCAUUAGGGUAUUUUUAAUUAAUAAACUCCCCUUAUUUUUGGUGAUUAGUGUUCAGCUUUGGUAGUUUUGUUUUUUUUCUGGACAGCAGUAACAGAUUAAACAUCCAAAAUAGUAGCUCAUUCAUUGCAAUAAAAGGCUAGCAUAGGAACAAAAGAAAUCAGCAAAUUGUUUAUGUGUAUAAGCUUGUCUUUAAUUUUUUUGUAAUGGGAUAAACUGCUAAUGACGUUUCUUUCAAGCAGUUAGUACUGGAGCCAUUCUUUGUCUUUGUUUUCAUGGUUUUUAAUUUAUUUUUUUUACCUUUUCUGGG